AUGUCAAAUGUCGACAUUUCCCUCGGGGGCGAUAUUCUCCCAAACUUGAUAGUAAUACUCUUUCUGUCUGUGCUUUUUCUUCUGAAAACAUUAAAGACACUGAAAACACCAAUCAAUCCCAAAGGAUGUCGCCGCCUAGGACUUCCGCCAGGUCAGAGCAACUUGGACGAUGAAUUUGACUCUAAGUACAGCCAGGGUCUACCCAGUGAUCAAGAUGAUCACGGUCGCCCAUCCUGGCGUGUGAAAGCACUGUUCAGCUACCCGCUCAAAUCUUGUGGUGCGGUCGAGCUGCAAGUCUCGAAUGUCGUACCCACUGGGCUUGAAUUCGAUAGACAAUUCGUCUUUGCAGAGUACAACAAUGACGAAUGGAACAUUCGUACCCUGCGUAAUGCAGGCUUCAAUAGCCUAGCCUUGAUUCAUCCAGAGAUCUGGGUACCUGACCCAUCUGCCCCAGAUUAUGACGCAGACCUACCGGAAGUCAAGUCGCAAGGUGUGAUGCUGAUAUCGUAUCCACGAAUGCUGCCAGUGGGAUGGAAGGCUCUACCCAUCAAGGUCGGCAUGGCACUCAAGUUUCUCAAAGGCCAGCAGACAUUCCAAGUUCCACUACUUCCACCCGCGGACUCCAAGUUCCCACUAGUCCCAGUCAAGAUCUGGAAAGAUAAGCCUCUGGCUCAUGACUACGGUAGACUGCUCCCAGCAUCAUUACACGCAUAUCUAGGGUCAGAUCCAUCAAAAAAUACCCUGACACUCUUCCGCGCCAGUGCACUCCAUUCACGACAGAUCUUCCGCAACGCACCACACAAAGAAGACCUAGGCUUCCAGCCAAACACAGCCUUUGCAGAUGCAUAUCCAAUCCACCUGCUCAGCAUCUCCAGUCACCGGGAUGUAGCAGCACGCUGCGCCUACGCAAUCCCACGGCUAAGCAUCCGCCGUUUCCGCGCGAACGUUAUCAUCCAAGGCCCGGCUGCUUUUGAGGAAGAUCACUGGAAGCGGCUUGCUAUUGGCGGUACUGAGAUCCAUGCUUCUUGUCGGACUGUUCGGUGCCGACUGCCCAAUGUUGAUCCUCUUUCCGGGGACAGGCAUAGGUCUGAGCCGGAUCGGACGCUGAAAUCAUAUCGGCGGAUUGAUGAUGGUGAUCGGACUAAUGCAUGUUUGGGGAUGCAGCUUGUUCCUGCGAAAGAGGAGUUUGUGUUGAAGGUUGGGGAUUCUGUUGAAGUUCUUGAGACCGGGGUACACCAGUAUAUUAAGAUGUUGGCUCCUGGGGAGAAGGUUGAGGGGGUGUAG